UAUGUAUCUUUUUCAAACUUCAGAGUUUGAACACUGCUUGUCUCUGUAAUGCAGCAAAAUAGUACACUCUAGUACUUCACACUCUCCCCCAAAUAUCAGCGCGUGCUCCCACUCUCUCUCUCUCUCCCACGAUUAUUUUCUCCACUCUCUCCAAACCUCAACACCACAUUCAAAUUCUCUCCCUCUCCUCAAACCAACCAUCACUACAAAAACCAACCAACCAACCUCAACCUCAACCUCAUCAAACUAAAAACAACAACUCUUUCUCUCUCUCUCCUUCCUCUGUCUUCUACAAAACCACAUUCACACUCCUACAUAAAGUUCUGUCUUUUUUCAUACAAUCACCAACCCAUUUCCUUCAAAUCCUCAAAACCAACCUCCAUUCACCCUUUCAUGCAAAGAUUCCAUCUGAGUUUCUCUCAAAAUCCAACCUUGAUGAUGGAUUCAUCUUCAUCUCCUCUCUCUCUUCAAAACCCAUCCUCCUCACCAAAACCCACCAAAAAAACCUUACUUUCAUCUCUAAUUGGCACCAACACUCCUUCAUCUCUUCGAACCCCUUCCUUUGAAGAAGACAACUACUUUGUCACCCUUCUCAAAUCCUCAGAGAAAAAAGCACUUCAAGACCUCAAAAAACUCCUCCUUGAAGCCACCACCACCUCAUCCAAUGAAGUUUCCAUGUGGGGUGUUCCUCUCCUUGGCGGCGACGACAGAGCUGAUGUAAUCCUCUUGAAGUUCCUCAGAGCAAGAGACUUCAGAGUCAAUGAAUCCCUCAACAUGAUUCUAAAGUGCUUAUCUUGGAGAAAAGAGUUCUCUGCUGACACCAUAGUGGAAGAGGAUUUAAGUCAGUUCAAGGAACUAGAAGGUGUUAUAGCUUAUAUGCAAGGCUAUGACAAAGAGGGCCACCCUGUUUGUUACAAUGCUUAUGGUUUGUUUAGAGACAAAGACAUGUAUGAGAGAUUCUUUGGUGAUGAAGAGAAGCUCAAGAAGUUUCUUAGAUGGAGAGUUCAAGUUCUUGAAAGAGGUAUUAGGCUUUUACAUUUUAAACCAGGCGGUGUUAAUUCUCUUAUUCAAGUAACCGAUCUAAAAGAUAUGCCUAAAAGAGAGUUGAGGGUUGCUUCUAAUCAUAUUAUGUCACUUUUUCAAGAUAAUUACCCUGAAAUGGUUGCUAGAAAGAUCUUCAUCAAUGUGCCAUGGUAUUUCAGCAUGUUGUAUUCAAUGUUUAGUCCUUUUUUGACUCAAAGGACUAAAAGCAAGUUUGUGAUAUCAAAAGAAGGAAAUGCUGCUGAGACACUCUACAAAUUCAUUAGACCUGAGGAUAUUCCUGUUCAGUAUGGAGGGCUAAGUUUUCCCAGUGAUUUGCAAAAUGGUCCCCCAAAACCUGCUUCUGAAUUCACUGUCAAAGGAGGAGAGAAAGUGAAUAUACAAAUAGAAGGAAUUGAGGGAGGUGCAACAAUCACUUGGGACAUUGUUGUUGGAGGCUGGGACUUAGAAUACAGUGCUGAGUUUGUUCCAAAUGCUGAAGGAAGCUACACUAUAGCAGUUGAGAAGCCGCGAAAGAUUGGAUCAUCCGAAGAAGCGAUCCACAACUCAUUCACGUCGAAAGAAUCCGGCAAAAUGAUACUCUCGGUCGACAACACCGCCUCAAGGAAGAAAAAAGUCGCCGCGUAUCGUUACGUCGUCCGAAAAUGCACCGCAACUUGAACGGAUGCUAUGGCAUCAAGUAGCUUUAAAUUUUAAUUUUUGCUAAUGAUGUUUUUUGUUUAGACCUUUGUUUUAUGUUUUUGAACUUGUUUUUAUGGCAUGUUUAAAUUUAGAGGUAUUAAUAUAAAUUAAGUAGUGAUUAGUGUAAUGUAAAGAAGAGAAGAAUGAUGGUAAUAUGGUAAUAGUAGUAAGUAUAUUUUGCUUGGUAUAGAAGAAAAGCAAUUAAGUUUGCUUAUAUAACAUAGUACCAUGUUACUGUUUUUUUGGGACAGAGUAUUGUGUAUGUUGCAAUCUAGAGGGAGGUUACUUUA